GUAGCUAGCAGCUAACUAGUAGGGUUGGACUACGAAAUCUGUUGACACACUUAACUAGGUGGCGAACUUGCUUGCAAAACAUAGACGCACUCUCUAAAGAACUUUGAUGGUAUCUGGCUAAUCGGGCUAGCUAGCCACCUAAACUUUGCAACCCUUAGCUGCUACAAGCACAAACAGUAAAGUUAUUCGCGAACUAGCAUUAAACCGAGCAGAGCUUAUGGACACGACGAGGGGGGCUAUGUCAGUAUCAUGACAGAAGGGGAGGAGCUCUACCAGGCUGACCAAUAGCCAUGGAUGGGUUUCAGCAGCCUGGCCCGGAGACCAACGAGGGGGUCAAUGGCGCUUCUAUUCCAGGGGUCCAGGGCACGCUGCCACUGUGUGGCCCACAUCCUCCCCAGGCUGAUGUCAAGUGGUCAACACAGGGAGUGGAGGUGGUGGGACCCAGCCCCGGUGGGGCGACAGAUGGCCUGGAACCUGGGAAUGAGAAGACGUGUGGAGAGGACAAAGGGACGGAGGGCUCUCCGGCCUCUAGGAGUUUGGAUGGGAGCCUGCCGAACGGCGACAGGGCGGAAGAGGCGAGGUUGGAGAAGGACGGGAGCAGCUGCAGCGCGCAGGGCAGUCCUGCGGCUUCCCACAGCUACACGGACCUGUCUCACACCUCGUCGCCCUCGCUGUCGGAGCAGCUGCGACUGGGGCAAGGAGACGCCACCGGGGCUGGGAUCAACGUGGAGUGUAAAAUCUGUGGCGACAAGGCCUCGGGGUUCCAUUAUGGCGUGCAUGCUUGUGAGGGCUGCAAGGGGUUUUUCAGACGCACCAUUCGAAUGAAGCUCCAGUACGAGCGCUGUGAGCGCACCUGCAAGAUUCUGAAGAAGAAUCGCAACAAGUGCCAAUUCUGCCGCUUCCAGAAGUGCUUGUCUUUGGGCAUGUCGCACGAUGGUGAGGGGGGCGGCCUUAGACAGACUUCAUUUCCAGUAAUGAACCACCUGUUUCUGUUGUCACGUCAAUCGUCCAAUCCGUUCCUUUUUCGUUGUGACAAAAGCCUGUUUGCGUCUUCGUACUACCACAAAGAUUUGAUUUCGACGCACGUCCCUCACCUGUUGAUGCCAUAUUGCCCCGUGUGCCCAGCGAUCAGAUAUGGCCGAAUGCCCGAGGCAGAGAAGAAGAAGCUGGUUGCUGGCCUGCUAGCGGAGGAGCUGGACCACUACAAGCCUGGUGGGUCUGACCUGAAGACACUCGCCAAACAGGUCUACACCGCCUACCUGAAGAACCUCAACAUGACUAAGAAGAAGGCUCGCAGCAUCCUGACGGGCAAGACCAGCUCUUCCUCUCCGUUUGUGAUCCAUGAUGUGGACACCCUUUGGAAGGCUGAGAGUGGUCUGGUGUGGAACCAGUUAGUUCAGGGUGCCCCUCUCACCAAAGAGAUCGGGGUCCACGUGUUCUAUCGAUGCCAGUGCACCACGGUGGAGACGGUACGAGAACUCACCGAGUUCGCCAAGAGCAUCCCUGGCUUUGUGGACCUCUUCCUCAACGACCAGGUGACUCUACUAAAGUAUGGCGUACAUGAGGCCAUUUUUGCCAUGCUUCCCUCCUUAAUGAACAAAGAUGGACUGCUGGUGGCCAAUGGCAAGGGCUUUGUGACCCGGGAGUUCCUCCGGAGUUUAAGAAAACCUUUCAGCGAGAUUAUGGAGCCUAAGUUUGAGUUUGCGGUCAAGUUUAACGCUCUGGAGCUGGACGACAGCGAUCUGGCUCUCUUUGUUGCAGCCAUCAUUCUGUGUGGAGACCGACCAGGGCUGAUCAAUGUGAAGCAGGUGGAGCAGAGCCAAGACAGCAUCCUCCAGGCCCUGGACCGACACCUGCACACAAACCACUCAGACUCCCUCUACCUCUUCCCCAAGCUGCUGCAGAAGAUGGCCGACCUGAGGCAGCUCGUCACCGAAAAUGUCCUCCUAGUCCAGAAGAUCAAAAAGACAGAAUCAGAGACCUCUCUGCACCCGCUACUGCAGGAGAUCUAUAAAGACAUGUAUUAAGUCUUCCUCCUGGAACAGACGUUUGUUCAUACAAACAAAUUCUGGUAGCGAUAUUGUUGCAGACUGAAACUGUAUAUCCAUGGUGGACAUUGUUCCGACAUGCAAUAUUUAUGCUGGGGCAUGUCUUUUUAAGCAGUGUUUGCUUGUGUAGAAAGCACAGUGCCACUGGGCCAGGAAGUUGGGAUACUGUAGUUCUGUGGUAAAUCCAACACUUCAAACUCACAUGCUCCACACUCCUGGAAAUUGGGAGACCCUUACCUCUGUUGUGAGCACAGUGCAGCAAUCACAUGGCUCCAUCAGCUGUUUGUGCCCUGUCCACAUAGGCAUGAUGUUGCAUAAAUGCACAACGGCACUAGGUACAGUAAUUGUGCUUGAACGCAAUGCAUUUCUGGGACCAGCAUAGCAAAUUGGUUGUCUUAAACGUAUCUACCAGUAUUGCCAAAUCAUGUCACACAAAUUACUUUUCCCCUUAGCAGGACUGUAGAACUGACAUGAGUGUUGAGGGAUUGAGUUGAGGAAGCCUGUUACAGGUGACAAACAUGUAUACAUUGUAAAGAUGCAAAAGAAAAGAUAUGUACACAAAUCAGUUGAAAAGAGCUGUUGAUUGGUAUAGUCCUGCACAAACAUUGACUAUUCUGUUUUAUUGAUUUUCUCUUCUGUAAAUGUGGAUUUCACUUUCUCCUAAGCUGUUUUCGAGCAAUAAGAAUAACUGACUUUUUGACUGUUUACAUUUCAUCCACACAGGAUCACCAUCGUUGUUCUAGGACAACAUUGAACACUAGUAGGAGGCCAACCCAUGUAUAUUUCUUAAUACUGAUAUAGUUUGUGCAAUACUGAUAUAGUUUGUGCAAUACCUACCAUAACUGUCAACGUCAAAAACUGUUACUUUGACCCAAAUGAGCAAAUACGGUACAUGUGGUUAAAUGCAGUUGUCUGUGAAAUGUGUGAAAUGCACAUUUGUUUUUAUUAAUAUGUUACAUUUGGACAUGUUUAGACACCAUGAAUUUCAACAUACUUUUGUUUUGGUUUUAUUCACAUUAUGUUGGAUAACCAGCAACAGAGGCCAGUUACCUCAUUUUAACCUAAGUGUAAAUACUAAUACACUUGUAUGGAUGCAUUUCUUACCAUGCCAGGAGAAUGCACUGCAUCACAAUGUAAGAAACUGAAAGGUGAAUCUUGUCUUUGUAACAUCACUGUGUACUGUUCAGCGUCAACUCAGGACUUAAAUAUGUAUAUAGAGCAGGAGCCCUGAUCUUUAUAAAACUGUUAUUAGUA